CGCUCACUUCAGACUCGACUACAUUACAUGAAAAACUCUUACAGAGAACUGGAAAACAAAAACCAAUCGAUAAGUAAUAAGCUAUUGGAUGUUCAAAAAAAACACAAACAUUUGUUAGACUUGACCAAGAACAAGCAGCUCGGCGAGAGAGAAAAAUUGUCCAAUCAACUUGAAGAAGCGGAAAACAUUAUCAAAAAUCAAGAGACAAAAAUCCAGAAUUUAAUAAAACAAAUUGAACUUCUAAAUAAAAACCACCAAAACCAAAUGAACGUAGGGAUAAACAAAGCAAAAGCUCUGCAACUAGAACUAAACCAUUUAAAGGAAACAAAUGACCAACUAGUAUCCAAGGUUGAAAAACUCAAAUAUCAAAGUUAUGGUGGAAGACGGAGCUACGUAUGUGCAUCAAACCAAAGUAUUGCACCACAAUCCAGGUCUACGGAAAUGUCUAAGAACUCAUUAUUAGUUAAUGUCGUUGGCGUCGUCGUUGAUCGAGUGGCAUCAACGGGAAAUCCCAGAAAGACGGUAAAGCCUGAGUUGGUUCACGGUGAGUCCGAGAUCAGCGAUCACACCAAAGACCUCCAAAAGAAUCUAAUGAAGCAGGUGCACGAGGAUGUGAUCAAUAAACCAAACAUGUUGGCAAACUAUAAAAUGGAAUCAUGCAACUCAUGCGGUGAUUCGAAAGAUUUGGAUUUUGGAAUUGCUGAACUGAUGAAGAAAAAAGAUUUAUCAGACGCAUGCAACGAAAGUAUUAUGCAGCAGAUUGAACCUGAUGUAGCUAAAAAUCCUUUUUCAUUGUCCAACGUUCAUGGAAUGAAAUCGACCGGGGAUGAUCAUUCGGUAACAAACUUAAAAAAUAACGAUGAAGAAUUAAUUAAUACUGGAGAAGUUAACUUGCAGAAAGAAAAUUCGUACUCAGACGAUGAUGAUACGAGCAGUGUAUCAUCUGUUAGUGAUACUGAUUAA